UAUUUCUCCUAUUGCCAUCGCCAGCCAUUAUGGCUUUUCGAUUCCGAGCGAGACUUGGACGCAGAUACAUGUUGCGAGGAGCUACUCCUCUCAGUACUCGCCCUCACGGCUCAGCAUUGUGAUGGCACUGAGCCCGCAGGCACCAUCAAACCCCCAGAAAUAUAUGCCAACGCUUGUCGAAAUCUCAUCAUGCUCAGAAUCGCAGGCGGUAACGUAACAAUCUCGGCACUGCAAUCGCUUUGUUUAUUGGCCUAUGCCAACUUCGUUUUGAAUGAUACGCACGUGGCGCGCCUCCAUGUAUCGCUCGCUAAGAAUCUUCUUCAGUGUGCAGGGUUAGAAAUCACGUCAACCCCCGAGCGAACCAUUAUUUACGAGUCUCGGAGAAAGCUCUGUUGGAGCAUUCUUAUUCUCGACCAGCUCUUUGGAAUGCAGUCCAGGAUACCCUCGGUGCCGGAUGACAUCCAAUCACCCUGCUUCCUCGACCUUUCUGAGAUAUCGCAGAAAGCCAGCAUAAAGUGCCAACUCUUCCCCCUGGAAUAUCACGAGGAGAUGAAGGGAAAGGCGAUUGGCGUCUGGUCAUAUAUGAUCCAGCAGAUUAGUAUUUGGUCGUCUGUUAGGUCAUACGUCUGGAAUUGUGCGAACGGCCACAAUAGCUCCCCCUGGUCUCCAGACUCUGAAUACACGUUGAUAAAUUCAAGUCUCCUCGAUCUUGAAUGCAGAAUACCACCGUUCGUCCGCUUUGGAAAUUCAAGACUCUUUGAGCGCUCGUCAACCGACCUGCAAGCCAACAGGCACUUCUGGAUGCCCUGGCUCAGCAUACAAGUUUUCUACCACGCUAUCCAUAUGGUACUCAACCAUCCCUUCUUGUAUUCUCAAAAACAAUCGCAGCAUCGACAAGGGCCGAACAUAUUCUGGAAAACAUCGGCUGAGCUCGCGAUGCUUCAUUGCAGAUGGGUCACGCGUCUCCUGGGUCUAUCUACAGACAAGAAGCUUAUCUUCUCCGAUCCAUUUUUUGCAUAUGCGGCGUCAAUCGCCGCAACACUCCACUUUUACUACAGCCGAGCUACCGAUAUCGAAACCAGCACCGGUGCGCUAGACGAUUUGCAGAAAUGUAGGUCUUUCAUGUCGAAGAUGGCGACACACUGGCCAAUAUGU